CAAUAUCCAUUAGUUUUUUUUUUUUAUUUUCAUGUCGUUCAUUUCGAAAUAAUAUAAAACUAUUGGCAUCAAAAUCAACAUUGGGCACAAACUGAUGAAUAGCUAAAAUUCUGCUUCAUCACUGUGAAAAAAAUGGACAUAAAUAAUCGAAAGUAAUUCUUUCAAGGAAUUAAAAAAUGAAAACUACCUAUCUGAACAUAAAUGAAGAUUUCAUAUUUUUGAGAAUUAAUUAUGACCUACUUUUCCUUAAGGUCGUUAACAUAACUCAAACAUUAUAAAUUCAACGGCUUCACUAUUGUAUUAAAGUUUGAUUAUAAAUGGGCAAUAAUGAAUGAACACGUGCCAUAAUAGGCGUUUAAUUAAUCCUAUUCGUAGCAUGGAAAACUUUGAGAAAAUUAAACUUCAUUUAUUCUUUAUCAAUGAAGACAUCGACGAAAUAAACUAUCUCUUGGACUUCAUACCGAGUUAGUGCUUUACGGCAACCGUGUGUUAUUUUUAGAAGUUUGCAUCUUUAUGGAUCGAAAAACAUUUCCGUUCAUGGUGGACAAUUAACACAAGUAUUAGAACACAAUUCAAGCGUAUAGCUGUCAAUGGAUGCCUAAAGGAUGAUAAAUGAUUGUUCUGAUUUUAAUUGAUUUAUUUGAAAUUUACAAAAAAAAUAGUGAUAACAGAUAAUAAGUGAAUAUACCUUAUAAAAAUAGCUAAACAUAACUAAAAAAGACUGAAAACUGGGUUAAUAAAUAUGAGUGUAUAGAUGAAAAAAAUAUUAGAAAAAAUUGUGAAAUAAAUUAAAUUUCAUUGAUUAAGUUUGGUCACUAUGGCUAAUGUCAAUUCGAUAGCAUUACAAGAAGGUGGUGGAGUUAAUAAUAAUAUCCAGAGUCAUAACCAAAUGUGCAGUAUAUCAAGUUGAUGUAUAUAUCAACAUUUUGAAAAUAUUAAUAAUUGAAUUAAUGAUAUAAUUAUACUAGCUCUUUUCGAGCAUUUUGAUAACUGGAAAUUCGCUGAACAUUAUAAAACAGUUUUAAUGAAGUUUAAAAGCCGUAUCAAGAGGCACACUCUCAUCUGAGAAGCUUCAGUGGUGUACAACUGAUUCCGAUGAACAAUGAACCAUUCGGGAAGCGGUAAACGUCAGGCGAAGGUUUUGGAAGAUAAUUAUUGGGAUUGCAGUGUCUGCACGUAUAGGAAUACAGCAGAAGCAUUUAAGUGCCUCAUGUGCGACGUGCGUAAAGGUACUUCAACGCGGAAGCCCCGCAUAAAUCCACAACUAGUAGCGCAGCAGGUUGCUCAGCAACAAUACGUGCCGCUAUUAAAGCCAGGAAAGAAAGAAGGCGGAAGUGGAAGCAGUACAACUAGUUCCUCGAAAGAUAAAGAGCGUAAGUUGGAUAAACCAAGGAGGAAGAAUCGUCAUCCACCUCGACUUAAAAAUGUUGAUCGUAGUACUGCCCAAACCAAUGAAGUAACUGUAAACAAUGUAACUGUAGUUAUAACUGAGUAUAAACCGAAAAUAAAAAAGGGCUCUGAUCAGUCAGGAUUAUCAAGCAGUGGAUCAUCAGAGAAUGGAAGUCAACAUGACUCCAAUCAAGACUCUCGAAGUUUGGAUAUAGGAACAGAUGCUUAGUUUAAAAUCCUAGUGUAUUUAUCAUCCUUAUAUAUGAACUUAACAUAUGUUUUUAAUUACUUGACCAUUGCACAGAUUUAGUAUGUAUGAUUUUUUUUUAUUAAGAUAAGUUUUAAAGUUAACAAAAAGUCUAUGGUGUUGAAGGUGAAAUAAUUAUUUGAUAAUUAACUCUUUGCUCAAUUUUGGUGUAGUAAAAUAAUGAUUUAAUGACUGUUCUAUUACACGGUUAAUCAAAUGGUGCAAGUGCCUUUUUUGUUAUUUAUAAAGACUAUCCAUUGCGCCCAGAGCAAAUUAAAAUAAUAUCCAACAUUGUUUUGAUAUAGUUCCAUCAUAUAAUAUUAAAUGCAGACAUUCGAAACUAUUUUAUUACUCCUUAUAAUUUUAUACAGACACUUGAACAAAUGUUUAAAUUAAUUUCGUUUAUUAACUGACACUGCCAUAGAGCAAAGAUUUAUCGUAAAAAUUUUGUUUAUUUAUGUUUUUAACAAUUUUAGAUUAAAUAUUUAUCUUAUUUGAUAAAAAAAUUUUAAUUUGUAUCGUUAGUUGGGCAGAAUAUAAACUUUUCUUAUUAUCUAAGAAUUAUUUUCAUAAAAAUCUGUCAUUAAAAAAAUUAAAAUUUGGUAAAAUUUAUUAUGUAAAUAGCAUGUUCUGAGGGUACUGGUGUCCCAAAUAAGUUUAUCGAUAAAAUAUUAGUAUUUUAGGUGAAAAUAGUGCGAAUAUCUUUUACGAUUAUAGCAAAAAUAAUUUAAUAAGAAUCACUAUUUUAUGCUCUUUUUAUUUUCUGAAUAACAACUUCCAUUAAUAGAUUAUCAUUUCAUUAUUAUGUAAGAGAAUAAGAGAUAUAAAUCGUUUUAAAAAAAAACGAAAUUCUCUAAAAAAUCAAUACAAAAUUUUUGUAAGGAUAAAUUAAUUUUAUCGUUAAGUUUAUUAUA